UGUGUCGUAGCCUAUAAAGUGUGCUUAUCUAGCGGACAGGGAGGUGUUUUGAGACGACACCACCAGCACAGUCGAAUGCAGCUUGACUCUCCAGUGUCAAAGUCACAGAGCGCGAUUAUGGAGCCGUUUAGAAAAUGGAGAUAAUUUCCAGCGUUUUAAAUAAGGUCUUUCAGCUUUCCAGACUUUCUAGCGUAAAUAAUGUACCGAGGUCCCAAAAAAUGGAGGAGAAGGCUUUAGAAGUGUAUGAUGUUAUUCGCACCAUUCGGGACCCGGAGAAACCCAAUACUUUGGAGGAGCUGGACGUGGUGACUGAAAAAUGUGUGGAAGUUCAAGACCUAGGAGACGAUGAGUACCUCAUCAUUAUCAGGUUCUCCCCUACAGUGCCACACUGUUCUCUGGCCACGCUGAUAGGUCUCUGCUUACAAGUGAAACUACAGCGAUGCCUUCCAUUUAAGCACAAGCUCGAAAUUUACAUUACGGAGGGAACACAUUCAACUGAGGAAGACAUUAACAAACAGAUCAACGAUAAGGAGCGGGUAGCGGCAGCGAUGGAGAACCCUAACCUGCGGGAAAUAGUGGAGCAGUGUGUUAUUGAGUCUGAUGACUAAAGCUUCAUCUCACACAGUGUCCAUUACACAAUUUUGUUUAAAAACCACGGCUUGAAACGUAGUGAAACUUCUCUGUAUUUUUAGAAACGUGCAGAAUUAUAAGUGUCCUGCUGAUUGGUAGUGAUCUGCAAUGUUGACUUUUUCUAUUACUAUGCUGACAAGGCAACACCGCGAUCAAUAUCAGAGAGCAGUAAGCUCUGUGUUGUAGUGAUCGCUGUCUUUUAGAGAGUUCUUCAGAGAGUUAAGCCAGGCAGAGAGUUUUGACUGCAGACUAAACUGUGGAUGGUUUAAUUUCCCAGGAGUGUUAAGAUUAUAUUCAGGGUUGAGGAUAAAUCUGCACUUCUUGAAUACCAUUUAAUUUACUUGUCUUUUUUUUUUAAUUUUUUUUUUUAUAAAUCCUCUGUUAAGCGGGCAGCAUGGUGGCUUAAAGGUUAGCACGUUUGCCUCACACCUCCACGGAUGGGGAUUCAAAUUCCACCUUCCACACAGAGUUUGUGUGUUCACGUGCUUCAGGGGUUUCCUUUGGGUACUCCGGUUUCCUCCCCCAGUACAAAGACAUCCGUUGUAGGCUGAUCGGCGUUUCCAAAUUGUCCGUAGGGUGUGAGCGUGUGCACCAUUGUGCCCUGUGAUGGGUUUGCACCCCACCCAAGAGGGUGUCCCCCCCCUCCUUGUGCCCCGAGUUCCCCGGGAUAGGCUCCAGGCUCUCCCGUGACCCUUUGUAGGAUAAGCGGUAUGGAAAAUGGACAGAUUCUCUUAGCAGCAUUUCAUCAAACCAUGUAGUGGAAAUACUAUAAAAUUCCAGUCUGAGGAUGUCUCAACAAAUAUUUAAAAACUUGAUGGGGAAUUUGAGUUUUAUUUAAUAUAUUCUGUCCUAUUAUCAGACGGCGAUCAGAGUAAACCUCCCAACCAGUCAGUUAUCAUCCUUAACCAUCAUCAGCCUUUAUUGUAUCACGAGUAUUGAAAUUCCCCAGCCAUAAUUUUAUAUAGCUUGCUGUUACUGUCUGUGUACAUCUCCGAGAGAAAUUUCCUGUUAUCCAUUUCUAGGGUCAGCUCUCAUCUUUCAUGGCGUCCACCUCUAGUUCUGAUUUUAUCAAAUCAACUUCCUUAUUGAUCUCUGUUCAACCUGUUUUAUAUAACUUGUAAAUAUAUUUGUUAUCGUAAAAAAAAAAAAGUUGUUUAAAAGGUUUCAAGAAUAAAGCAUACUACAGCGUUUUAAA